AUGGGCACUGGGAAUGGAGGAGGGGGAGUGAGCCGAGUGUGCGGGGAGGAGGAGCCUAGCCAAGAGGAUAGAGGAGGACAGGGGGCAAAAGCUCGUGACAGGCAAGAAGAGAAAGCCCUUGGCACCCAAGCACGGAGGAAGCAAUGGUUAGCCAACGGUAAACCUAUUUCUCAGCAACCACCACUGAAGGAAUUGCAGGCUCUUCAGUUAGAUCUGGGACCAGUGAAUAACCAAGCCACCAAGGCUCAUGAACGCCUAAAACAGAAUCUGAGCAAGAGGCAAAAGACUCUCCUGGAUUCCAGAAGCAGCAACAUCCAGGGCAUCCCUGGCUUCUGGGCCCAAACUUUUGUGAACCAUCCCCAGCUGUCAGCAAUGAUCAGUGACCAAGAUGAAGACAUGCUUAGCUACAUGAUCAAUUUGGAAGUACAAGAACUCAGGCAUCCCAAGAGAUCCUGCAAAAUCACCUUUUACUUUAGAAAUAACCCAUAUUUCCAGAAUGCAGUGGUUGUUAAGGAAUUCCUCGUUGAUAUCACUGGGUAUAGGUUGUGCCAUUCCACUCCCAUUCAGUGGCGUCAGGAUUAUAAAAUUGAAGCUGACAGUCACAGAAACCACAACAAGAGCCCAAACUUCUUCAACUGGUUUACAGACCACAAUUUUGCAGGCUCAAACAGGAUCACUGAGAUCAUCAGAAAAGACCUGUGGCUCAAUCCAUUGUACUACUACAAGAUGAUGAAAGCACCUGAAGAGGGGGAAGAAAAUGAAUCCCCUAUGACUCCACAUGCUUACCAGGACUUCCUGUGA